AGAGAGAGAGAGAGAGAGACUGGGGCGUGUGAGCCACAUCUGGAAUAGUAGCUACAGAGGAAAAAGAGUCGCAGAGACGCAGCAGAAGCUCGGUGAUACUUUCCCCCCAAACUCCUCACUUCGCGGUCCUCGCCUUUUCACGGACACAAACCUGGUGCUUUGCCUUUUUAUCUACUUGAAAACUAAAAAUGCUGCUCAUCCUGCUCGGAGUGCUCGUCAUGCACUUGAUCAUUCUCGUCCUCCUCAUCGUGUCCACGGCAGCCAGUGCCUGGUCUGUAGGUGGGGAUAAUACCUCAGAUCUGUGGUACAGCUGCAUGACAAUCAAUGGAGGCUACCACUGCAAGCCGGCCAGCAAUGAAGACUGGAUCCAGGCGGUGCAGGCCCUCAUGAUCCUGUCCGUGCUCUUCUGCUUCUUUUCCCUCCUCGCGUUCGUCUUCCAGCUCUUCAAACUUGUGAAGGGCGGACGCUUCUUCUUCACCGCCAUCUUCCAGAUCUUGGCCAGUUUGUUUGUGAUGUGCGCGGCGAUCAUCUACACCGUGAUGAGUCCCGACGACAGCUCUAGCAGGCAGUUCGGCUACGCCUACGUGCUGGCCUGGGUAGCCUUCCCCCUCUCUCUCAUCAGUGGCCUCAUUUAUAUCAUCCUGAGGAAGAAAGAAUGAGAGCCGGGAGCAGGGGGAGAAAAGCGGAGGGGGUGGUACGGAGACCCCUUCACCACAACACCGCACUGUGCCUACUGCCCACAGACCAGAGACUGACAUCCUGACAAUACAACAAAAGUGCAUGUGUCACUGACAAUUGCGAACACAAUAAGGAGAUAUUUAUCGCUGCAGGUGAUCUCUCUUCACCGCGUUUCAGCUUCCAUUAUGAUUCCAUCACAGGCUCCGUGAAUUCCAAACAAACACCACAAACGACUCCCAUGGCGACGCUGUGUCCUCGUAAUGUGUUUUUCAAUUUGUCGGUGACAUAUUGACUUUUGUUGCACGAAUCCAUCAUGUGUGAUGACGACGACGAAAUCAUCCUGCCUUUCUUCAGUACAAAGAUGUACAUAGUGUCUGUGGUUUUUAGACAUAUUUAUAACAAUUUUUACAUACAUUUUUGUACAUAUUGUUGUCAAGUUAACAUUGUCGUGCUCGUUUUCGUGAUGGAGCUUGUGUCUCUUCACAAAUCAUGCAGCUGUGCCAAAGAGAUGUCGCUUCAACUGCCAGACUAUCAAGCUUUUUCAAAAAUCCUGUUUGUCUGUUUUGAGUUUGCUUUGAACAACGUGCCUUACUUAGAAUAUCUCUGUUCUUCUUGAAGGAAAAGGAGUAAAUCCUCCAAAAAAUUUUAAAGUAGUAAUAAACACAAGAAUUUUUCCCCCUGAAUUAUCUUUUUACUUGAUAUGCCAAAUAAGAAAUGUUUAGAAUUUUGUAAUCUAAUUUUUUUUUUUAAAUGGUGCUUUUGUAUCUACUAUUCUUGAAAUGUAUAGCCUACUUUGUGUUGCAAGUGUCAUGUCCUGUGAUUAAUUUGCUUUGUACAAAACUGUUUCCUUUUUUUGUCAGUAUUCUUCUAAAUAAACCUUUUGAAAUUAA